CCAGUAGUUUCUAAUAUAAAAUAAUAUGGUUAUUUAGCCAAUCUCAGCAUUUUGUAAUUCAUGAUACCAUACUUUUAGAUGCUUGGUAGUUUAAUUAUUAAAAACAUACUAACCUCAUGAAAAUAUUGCAGUUAGCAAACUCCGAUCAAUCUGUUCAAAUGUUAAGUGCCACUAUUGUGGCAGCUGUUUAAAACCGUUUGCAUUAUUUGUAAAUUGAAUCUUAAAAAGCUAUGAUGACUCUCCAACCUUAUCAGCCUCGUAUGACCUGAUAUCACCUUAUUUUGUGAGAUGUGACGGCCCCGUGGAGAAUUGAUCGAGUAACCAGUAGGGGGCGUCAAAUUUCAAAUGGCCCUGAUGACGGUCGUUUUAUCGGCCUGCACUGUGGAGUCUCAGUGUAGUGUGAGUGUGGUACAGCUGUGAUUGUUGUCAUGAAGUCUAAAACGUUUAAAACAAGUCAAAAUCCAUGUAUCAAACCUACAUUGUUAAUAAAUGGACAAACAGUUUUAUACAUUGUACUUAAAAAACACUAUAUGAAAUGUCAAAUAUAGAUCAGAAACCACCGAACAUAGGCUAGUGUGUGCAGACAGGUAAUCGGAUUACACCUCCGACAAACCACACACAAGCUCAUCAUGCACUGUACCACUGAACAAUAAAUGCUUCACUUUACAUUGUGUUCUUACUCUCAUUCACGAUGCUGCUCUUUAUUAAUCGAGAUCAAAUUUUUGCUCAUCAAGUCCAUCUUCUAGAGCACAAACUACGGAGUAAAGAGGAGCGUAUUUUGGAGUUGGAAACAGAGAAUGCUCUCCUUCGUUUGAGACUUGCUGAGUGUUUGUGUAAACUCCGCCGUGAGAGAGAGGAAGAAAUCCAUGUCCAGAGACAGAAACUUCAGCAGCAGAGUAAAGUGCAGAAGUCCACACAUGCAGCUCUCUCCAAACUUCUGUCUGAAGUUCAGAUGCUGGAACAGGACUUGAGGGAUGUUUUUACCAUCUACGUGAGGUUUGCUAAAGAACUGGAGGAACAAAGCAAGCAGCUGUUUGAAUGCGUGGGCACUGCCAGAAAUGCUAUUCAGGAUUUCCAAAGUGAUGACCUUCAGAGUGAGUGUGAACUCACACACCAACAUAUCAGUUCAUCUGUGUUAUCUGUGAAUAUUUGUAGUAAAGAGGAGCGUAUUUUGGAGUUGGAAACAGAGAAUGCUCUCCUUCGUUUGAGACUUGCUGAGUGUUUGUGUAAACUCCGCCGUGAGAGAGAGGAAGAAAUCCAUGUCCAGAGACAGAAACUUCAGCAGCAGAGUAAAGUGCAGAAGUCCACACAUGCAGCUCUCUCCAAACUUCUGUCUGAAGUUCAGAUGCUGGAACAGGACUUGAGGGAUGUUUUUACCAUCUACGUGAGGUUUGCUAAAGAACUGGAGGAACAAAGCAAGCAGCUGUUUGAAUGCGUGGGCACUGCCAGAAAUGCUAUUCAGGAUUUCCAAAGUGAUGACCUUCAGACUCGUUGUCUGCAGAAUGCCAGACAGGACGUCCAGCGGGUGUCUCGGAAGGAGUGGUGGAGCCCACGCUGCCGCAGGGCGGCCUCAUCACACUCGUCUAGCCUCGCCUCCUCACCGUGCCACUCACCAUGCCCCUCCCCCCGACCCAGCAUCACACAGCCACCCCUCAAAACCAAGCUGCAGUUGGUAGACCUGGCUGGGAGUGAGUGUGUGGGAAUGUCAGGUGUGACCGGUGCCGUUCUGUGGGAAAGCUCCUGUAUAAACCGCAGCCUCUCUGCUUUGUCCGAUGUUCUGGGAGCUCUAGUCGAAAGACGACCUCACGUACCCUACCGCAACAGCAAGCUAACACAUCUGUUACAGGACGCCAUAGGAGGGGAUGCCAAGCUUCUGAUAAUGCUGUGCGUAUCUCCCACUCAAUGCUUCCUCACUGAAUCUCUUCAGUCCCUGGGGCUCGGUGCCAGAGCCAGACAAGUCCAGAGAGAGCCACCACGCAGGAAAAACACAGCCCUGAAGAUGAAGUGACCAACAGGGAGAUCCAUUUGAUAGCUGCUUGUGUAGUUUUAUUUUUAUGUAUUUUGGUCACAGGUUUAUGGUGCUCAGAUCAUGUUGCAAUGUUUUGUAAGAAGACUUUAGGGUUAAAUUUAUGUUGAUAUCACAGUAGUGUAUGCUAAUGCUUGUUAGUGAUUCAAAAUUGUCAAUUUUGGACAGGUUACACACAAUCUCUUGCACAUUGGGGAUAUUCCUCUGAAAAAUUUUUUUAUAGGUUUUUGUGUCUAGUGUGAGUGGAAUACUUCAGAUUGUGUGUGUCUGCAAUUAUCCAUUAGUUUGUACAAAAGUUUUGAUGUGAUGAUGGAAAAUGUAUGGCUUUUAAGUGAUAGUG